GGGGGGGGCAAGGAAAGCAGUAUUCUUGCACUUUAAAAAAGAAAAGUGGAGGGUAAAUUGGGUUCCUCAUUUCCUGGAGAGAGGGGCAGGCCUCGGAGAGAGGACGCUCACAACCAAAUAUUCCACACAUUCCCCUCUCCCACCCACCCCGGCCUCCUUCCAGUUUUGAAGAUCCUCUAUUUUAACAAAGCCAUGAUCCAAUAUGAUAAAUGGUGAUGGACAGUGUGUGUGUGUGUGUGUGUGUGUGUGUGUGUGUGUGUGUGUGUGUGUAAGAGGGAGAGGGAGAGAGAGAGAGGUACUGGGUAAAAAAACAAAAACCCAAAACACUGAAACAGAAAUAUUCUUCUAUGUUGAAGUGCAAAUGUUUUUAUUUCUUCAAAAUGCCCAAAAUGCCACACGCAGGUGUUUUCCAAUGAGAGAGAUCUAUUAAAAGUCGAGAGAUUACAAUAAAAAUGAAAAAUGACUUGACAAAGAAUUCCCCCCCUCCAUCCCACCCUUGAUUUAAGACAUUUUCCACAUCCCACCCCCUGGCCAUGCCUAGUGCAAAUGAUUCAGGCAUUUAACACUGUCCUUGUUGUUAAAGGGAGCCAAAUCUGGGCUUUGGUGUGAACUGAACGUUGACAAGCCACAGCAAACGCAACAGUCCCUUUGCAGAGGCUGUUGCAUCAUAAAGAAAGAAGGAUAAUUUAUUAUGUUUUGGGUAGGUUGGGGUGGGGGCUGAGAAUGAAAACCAACUAGUUGCUCUAAGCCACAGUUCAGUUGUGUGUUGGGAAACCAUGGUUUGCUGCAACGUACCAAAUUGAGUCAGCCACGCUCGUCCAAACUCUUCAUGCAACUGUGAGUCGUAGGGUCAAGCAGAUCCUGACACAGGUCUGGUGGAAAUGUGCAAGGCAUUUGCUGAACCUUGUUUCAAAACUUCCCAGGGACUCUCUUUGCUAGGCUUGCCUUGCUGUUGGUCUCUGCGUGUUGCAGAGGAUUUUAGUGAUGGGGGGGGGAGCUACUGUUUUUUUAAUAUGUAUUUUAGUUGGAGCCCCAAACGGUGCGCUUUCCUGAUUUUUCCAGGUCGCUCUGAGACAGUCCCUGAACCCUGGAGCUUGCAAUCUGAAAUACAUGACACACAAGGAAAAAGGACUGGUGAGGGAGGAGGAAACACAAGGCACCAAUGCCGAAAAUUACUAUGAUGGCCAGCUGGGAUAGAAUCUGCUCAGGUAGCCUGAUUGGACACUGGCCGUGAGGACAGAGCUGAGGGAGGUCCAAAGACAGCUGGUUUCCCAAAAUCCCUUAACGGCUAUAUGUUUCACAAGCUGAGUAGGAGUUUUAUACAGUGGUAGCUCUGGUUAAAAACUUAAUUUGUUCCGGAGGUCCGUUCUUAACCUGAAACUGUUCUUAACGUGAGGUACCACUUUAGCUAAUGGGGCCUCCCACUGCCACCGUGCCACUGGGGUGUGGUUUCUGUUCUCAUCCUGAGGUAAAGUUCUCAAGCUGAGGUACUACUUCUGGGUUAGUGGAAUCUGUAACCUGAGGUGUCUGUAACCCGAGGUGUUUGUAACCCGUGGUACAACUGUAUGUAUUUUGAUAAAAGGGAGCCUGCAGUAAAAUGUGGUAGUGUAGGGUGCUCAUUUUAUGGUGCCAGCCAGCCAGCCACCUGUCCAUGCCCUCUUUGGGGAUAUUUCAUUCACAAGAGGUUCUCCCAUGGGGGGCUAAUUCAUACUCUUAUUCUGUGGAACCAACCACAUGGCAAUAGGUUUGGAGCUAUGGGACCUUAUAUGGCUAUUAACCAAGCAGAGGAUCCUGAACUGUAUCCUCUGCCUCCAGAAUGGCACAAUAAACCAUGGUUGGCAUGACACCCAGGUUUAACAAACACCAGUGCCUUUGCUCCUUUUGAAGGACUCUGGACAAUAUCAGUGAGAUGCGUCGACUUGAACAGAUGGCAAGGUGAGUGUUUUGUCUUAUUUUCCCUACCACUGUGUGGCAUUUGGCUGCAGAAUUCAGCUGCCUUGAUGAUAUUGGGUUUGUGGGUUUUUUAUAAAAAGUUUCUAGUCCCCAUGGCUGAAAUCUCAGAAGGGUGGCUAGUUAAGGUUUUCUGCGCUUUUGGUGGCGACGAGAGGCUUCUGUAGCCUGGGCAGCUCCUUGAGCCACCCGACAAAGAGCAAAAAGCAAAACAAGGCAAAAUCAGGAAGUGUUAAUUCUAUUGUAUGGAAUUUGCAGUCGUGAGGUAGCUUUGAAAGGGGGCCAAGAGGAUGGCCCACCCCACUCAGCCUGGAUAGCUCAGUUGGUUAGAGCAGUGUUUUUCAACCACUGUUCCGCGGCACACUAGUGUGCCGUGAGAUGUUGCCUGGUGUGCUGUGGGAGAAUUACUUUAUAUAUAGUCAAUAUAGGCACAGAGUUAAAUUUUUUAACAUUUUCUAAUGGUGGUGUGCUUCCUGAUUUUUUUCAUGAAACAAGUGUGCCUUUGCCCAAAAAAGGUUGAAAAACACUGGGUUAGAGCAUCAUGAUGAUAAGCCAAGGUUGCAGGUUCAAUAUUCCUGCAAUGCAGGGGGUUGGACUGGAAUCGGGGGUCAGCAAGGUUUACCUCGCCUGGGCCGGUUCACUCCAGCGAAGAUCCCUCCGUGGGCCAGAUCGCGUGUGCGAUUUCCGACAUCUGCAAAGACGCGAUUUCCUACGUCUGCGCAGACACAAUUUCUGGUGCCAUGGAAGUGAGUCUCUGCACCGUGCUGUGCCAGUUUAGUGCAGUGCAUGGGGACUCGCGAGUGGGCGGCUCGGUUCGGGGGCGGCUCGUGGACCGGUUAAAUGACCCCUAUGGGCUGCAUGUUGCUGACCCCUGGACUAGAUGAUCCUCAGGGUCCCUCCCACCUUGAUGAUUCUAUUAUUUAUUUGCCAUUUACAUGCUAAAAAGGCUUACGGCUGCUACAUCAUUAUAAUAAUAUAAUAUCUAAUCAAUUACACAUUUUCAGUAACAUAAGUAAGCAGCACCUCUUCAACCUUAGCAUUUGACACCUGAGAGACAUAGAUUUUCAGCACCUGCUCUCUUCCUGGGACUGCAAUUUGUUUUAAUUUGAAUUUUAAAUAGUUGCAAGCGACCCUGGGACUUUUUGGCGUAGUGUGCGUAAUAAACAUAAGUGAUUAUGACAGAGCGCAACAAUGCCCUUGUCAUCCGCGAUCAUAUCAGGAGAGCAUCACCAAACAGCUAAUGCAGCAGAACGAUGUGUGGACAGGGCUGUAUGAAUCCUGCAUUGCAGGGGGUUGGACUAGAUGACCCUCAGAGAGUCCCUCCUACAAAUCUGGUGAAAUCCGCCACCAGUGCACCAUCACUCUGUCAAUGACAUGCUGCACAAAAAAGACAUUGGUCCAGGGGAGCCCUCGGGUGUCGACUGCAUCUAGUUUUGCAAGCUCUCCCCUUUGCUGUCUCCACCCCUGGCCAACCCUGCAGCAAACUGUUCUUCCAUCACUUAGCCCAGUGCUAAGACGUGCACCUUGAGUGAACAGGCGGAGAGUGUUCAGAGACCACGGACAAAUAGUUCCCUUUCUCUGCCCAGCUGUGAAGGGCAGGAGAAGUCGGGGUUAGCCUGCUGUGAAGAGGAAGGCAGGGAGAAUCUCCUCCCUGCUCGAUUUUUGUAGAACGGAAAAAGCCCGUGGUGCGAUCAAGCAGGUCCUGCCCUGGCAGGCUCAUUACAAAGCCCCGGGAACUCGCUGUUUUGUGGGUUGGAUGAUUCCGGCUCUUGGUGCACUUUCAAGUUUGCCAAUUUUAUUUUAUUUUUUAAAUGUCAAGGUGGGCUGCAUCUGGAUUUGGGGGGAGCCUGGCUUAUUUAUCCAGUUGAGCAGGCUCCCGGGGCGGCCUACAAAGGUCACUGACAAGUCUUACAAAGACUUAGAAUCGAAAAAAGAUUGUUUCCUCCUCUGGGAAUCGAAAAAGAUUGUUUCCUCCUCUCCCAUUCUCUUAUGUUUGGCUUUCCUAGGGGAAAGUCAUGGAGCGGCAUCCAUCGGAAGCACAAAAGGCCACCUUUGAAUAGUGACCACCUGCAUUUUCUCCAGAUAGAUGUUUGUUUGCUUUAUUUUGCUGAAACAGAUUUGAGAGUUCUGCCAACCUCUGGGUGAGCUGGCUUCUCACCCUUUGCAUUGUGAUGAGCGGAGGAGGAGGAAAGUCAUGGCCUACCUUGGAGGAAUAAGUAGCAAAGAAGGGAGUGAGGGUGUUAGCUUGGGCCCAAUUCCUAGGUAAAUGAAAGGGAUGUUGGAGAAGUUCGAUGAAAAACAGAUGCUGGAGCAGAAAUUCCCAAUGUUCAGAAUUGAGUCAGUGGUUAGAAUGUCAGAUUAGGACCUGGGAGACCAGGGUUCUAAUCCUCACUACCUAUAAAGUAGCUUAUUAAAGACCACCAACCUUUUCCUUAGGAGGAAAUAUUUUUUGUGAAUUGAGAGAAAUGUAUGCGAGUCUAAUCGUGUCCUGCCCAUGUAACACCUUUUCUCUCUGGCCUGGGCAGUUUUAAAAUGGGAUUGGAUACACACACACACACACCUCGAUUACUGCUAUCCAUGAUGACUAAAUGGAACCUCCAGCAUCAGAGGCAGUAUAUGGGUAAAUAGCAUGUGCUGCUGCUGAACAAUAUGAGUACAUUUUAAUGGUAUUAAAGAUUAAAGAAUUUUAAAGAGUGGAUCCUCCUUGUACAGGAGCAGGAUACCUCUGAAUGCCAGUUCCUAGGGAGAAACACCAGGGGGCAGCAGACACUUGCCUCCUUCCCUGCUUAUGAGCUGCUAGAGGUGUCUAGAUAGCUGUGGUUGCAAACAGGGCAGUGAAUCAAAGACAUAAACUGUGUUGCUGUUCUCCGCAAGCAGCUGGUUUAAGUCUCGAUGUUUUUCUCUUUAAUUUCUGUCUGCAUUUCCGUUCUAAUCUCAGAUAUAUUUUUGAGCCUGCUGCUUUUGACGAGAGAGAGAGAGAGAUUUGUUUGCGAGUUGUGGGUCUGCAUAAUUGUCUGGGACAUCUUGUCCCGCAAACAAAUUUUAAAAUUCUUGGAAUUCUCUUGACGGAAGACGUUUUCUCCAUUGCUCCUUAGAUUUUUGUUCUUCAUCUUUUUCAGGCCCUCCAGGCAUAUGCUUUCCUUGUGCGCUCAUGAUUAUUUGUGUUCGCAGUGGUGUCACUGCAAAAGUUUUGAGGUGGACACACACUGCUUCGUUUCCAAUCAGUGCCUGUGAUGUGACUUCUGCUGAAACCCUAUAACUUUUUGUACCACAAAUUUUCCAGGGAUUCUUGUUCCCCUGCCUCCAUUUCUGUUGCCCUAUAGUGCGGCAACAUUUGGGAAGUAUUGCAGAACCAACUAAUAAAGCAGAAUUAGGUGGGGACGGUCCAGUAUAUAUCCACCACGAAUGUGCUGUUAUUGCCUCCAUGACAUGUUCGCUCAGUUUCCAAUAUUAAGUUUCAUUCUACACAUUUCCACAUCAGUUUGCAGAUUGACCGACUUCCUUAGUCCUCGCGCAAACCCAUCUGUGCGUACUUUUUCCUGACGUACACACAAUUUUGUCUGCAUUGUUGGCUAAUGUGCUCAUUUUGAGAAUGCAAUGUUCCCUUAUAAAACAUUAUUGUAUGUUGCAUUGCAAAAUUCAGAGAAGUGCAAAUUUUGAACAAGUGCUGCUUUUCAGUUGGUUUAUUGUUUCAGAAAGCGUGACUUAGGUAGGCUGACCUGUAAAGGGGAACUCCCCCCCAUCAAAUCCCCCCCCAUCCUCAAAUGACCACAAUGCCCAGGCUUUUCUCUUAUACCUCCAUAGGACCUUCCCUCCCCGCCGUCUUUUCUAUCUCGCUUCUUGACACAGGACUGAAAAAGACAUGCAAGGUUGCAAGGAAUAUUUUCCCCUCUCCUUGGGCCAAAAUUAAAUUGAGCUGGAUUCAACAAUCAUUGAGAACCGGCCAAGUCAAACAGCCAGAUGUGAAAAUUGAAAGAAGGGGGGGAAAGGUAGAAACACUCAUUAAAGAGAAGGGAGAAUUAAGAAUAGCCUGUUGUGCUGCUUAUGUAAUGCCAUUUACCAUGGCUGUGUGUCAAAGCAUGUAAACACGGCCAGCCUCUCCUUUUUUUAAAAAAAUGGAGAAAGUAACAGCAUGGUUCAAUUAAGGACAGGGCUAUUUUCCAUCCUUUGGGGCAAGCCCUGGCCUGGUAUAGAAUCAGGGGAUAGAAUGCAGUGCAAAGUGUUAUCAAUUUUCAUUUUUAAAGAAAGCCCACAAGUUGCUAGUCCUCAUUAUGGUUAGGAAGAUAAGCCUAACCCCCACUUAGGAUCUGAAGCUGUAAACUUUUGACCUGGGGAUUCCACCACCUCUCUCCGAAGCAUGCCUAGGCCAGAUCGAAGUUCCUUUUGUCUUCAAUGAACUUGCUUAUAUUAUAGGCUUUAAAAAGAAAAAACGCCCAUGAUUCUUUAGCAGCUUAAUUGCCCAAGCCUGCAAAACACCAUGCACGUUUGAUGUUGUGGCUUGUGGGUAUGACUUGGCCAAUACGGCCUCGUGAUUUGGAUCAAAAGGCCUGGUGGGCCACAUCAGGCCUACGCAAUGGAUCUUGUGCACGAGUACUUCAGGCUUUGAACUCGUCUCCUGUGCCCGGAUCACAGACUUAACCUUGACGGCUUGCCCAGGCUUCGAACCCCACUCAGGCAUCUCUGCCCACUGGGGCUGCAGACUGCACCUCAUUCAAGUCUCGUCUUGCCACCCUUUUGAUUUUUAUCAAUUCCCUGCAAGGGAGGAGAAUUGGGGCUUAUUUUCCCAGUCUUCAAUUGCUAAACCUAUGCAAGCUCUCCCCAGAGUCCCUUUCUCCAUCUAAUUUUUCCCCUGGCACACACACCUCCCAGCUGCAAUGCCCGCUGCUCGAACACCAAAGGUUUUCUUUGGCUAUCUUGCCUUCAGAGCAAACAUUUCGCUUCUCCUGACUUUUUUUUUAAAAAGAGCCAGCACCCCCUAACUUCAUAUUAGGAGCUCUGUCUGUCUCCGCCUCGAAGCACGAGGGGAACGAGAGAGCUUUGCUUUCCAAGAAAGUGCUCUUUGGCUUGAAAGAAAACCGUUCCACCCUCGCCUUGGCGUGAGCAUGACCCUAACCUGCCCAGGGAUAGCAAGCCAUUUCUCUUGCUCCGGGGAAACUGCAGCCUUUUCUGCCUGUCUCAGAUUGAAGGAGGCUCCAGGGGAAAGAACUGGCCAGGCAUGGAGCAUAUGGAAAAGUUUUCCGCCGGCUUUUCUCGUGGCUUUCUACCAACGGAGAAGCAGAGAAGCCCUAAAUGGCCUUGCAUCUUGAGUUUCUUAUGCAUUAUUCCGCUCCUGGGUCUACUGGCUGCUCGGGAAGGUUUGCUUGAGACGAAAGCAAGAGAGACUGAGGCAGAUCCUGCACUUCACGCUUUCCCUCCUGGAAUUCCCCCUGCUCUCCGAGAUGGCAAGUUUCCACCCCAUCCCCAUAGCCGGAAGAAACGCUACACGCUCACGCCAGGUCACCUGAAGUGGGACCACUUCAAUCUCACGUACAAGAUCCUGUCUUUUCCUAGGAACAUCAUCAACGAGAGCCAGACAAGGAAGGGCCUGUCUGCUGCUUUCCGCAUGUGGAGUGACGUCUCGCCCUUCAGCUUCCGAGAGGUGCCGCCGAGGGCAGCCAGUGACCUAAAAAUUGGCUUCUAUUCCAUAAACCAUACAGACUGCUUGGAGUCCAGUAUCCACCACUGUUUUGAUGGCACAACGGGAGAGCUUGCACAUGCCUUUUUCCCUCAGACAGGCGAGAUCCAUUUUGACGACCAUGAAUACUGGAUCGUGGGCAACACGAGGUUCAGCUGGAAAAAGGGCGUUUGGCUUACAGACCUGGUCCACGUUGCAGCCCACGAAAUCGGCCACGCUUUGGGCCUCAUGCACUCCCUGGACCCCAAUGCCUUGAUGCACAUCAAUGCCACCCUGACUGGGAAAAACACCAUUUCACAGGACGAGAUGUGGGGGAUCUUCCGCCUUUACGGCUGUAAAGAUCGAAUAUUCAUAUGUCCUUCAUGGUCUCAGAAAGGCUACUGCAGAACACGCAGGAAGUUUAUGAAGAAACAUUGUCCGUAUAGCUGCGACUUUUGCUCAGAAUUCCCAUUCCCAACGGUGAUGCCAACUCCGCCUCCCCCGAGGAUGAAAACGAGGAUUGUUCCCGAAGGCAGGAAUGUUACCUUCCGCUGUGGCCAGAAGAUCAUUAAUAAAAAAGGCAAAGUUUACUGGUAUAAAGAGAAGGAGCUUCUGGAAUACUCCUAUCCGGGAUACCUGUCUCUGAAUGACGACCACAUGAGCAUCAUAGCCAACGUCAUCAAUGAAGGGACCUAUACUUGUGUAGUGAAGAAAAAGUCUCAGAUCCUCACCACGUAUUCCUGGAGGGUCAGGCUGAAGCACUAGCAUGGAACCCUUUGCAAAGGACUUUGGUAUAACCCAAGUGGUUCUGUCCUAUGUUGGGUUUCCUCUUUUCUGCCUGUCGUUUUGUAUAUCUAACUUUCAGCACCCAAUCUUAAAAACGGCAAAGCCCAUCCACAGGUGUGGCUUGGGCAAUGUGUGGGGAGGCUGGGCCUUCCUCCCCAACAGAUUACCGCUUCCAAAAGGAGAUGAGUACAAAAUUCAUCUGUUCUGUAUAUUUUAGUUUUAGCAGGUCAAAGAGAUGGGAGCUAGAACGGUUGUUUUGUUUAUCUUGCUACCAUUACGAAAAGAGAGUCUGUAAAAUGUACAAGGUGGGGGGACCCAAACAAAGCCCACACACCUGUGGACAUUAGGUCUGGGGAGGUCCCAACAGCUUUGGGAAGUGGAAAUGUCUAGUGUCUACCAGAUGGAGAAUAACUGAAAUGUCACCUUGGGUAAUAAAUUCAGCUGCAAUAUUGCUAUUGCUGCAGUUAAUUUUUAUUUUCCUUACAAAAGUGAUGAUAAGAUAUAGAAUCAGGUGUGGGGAACCUUUGGCCCUCCAGUUGUUGCUGUGCUACAACUCCCAUCAUCCCUGCUUGCUGGUGCUGAUGGGAGCUGUAGUUCAGCGGCACUUGAAGAUGCUACGUAGCUCCUAGGUGUAACGAUCGCGUAUUCCUCAGAGUAACAAAAAAGAUUUGUCCACCAUGAGCCAUCGACUCUCCGAUUUGCUCUCUGUGAUGGCAACUCAAGCAAGCUUACGAGACACUGUUAAAUUCCUUGCAUAUGUUGUGAUGCACUUAUCCCUCGGUCGAGCCUCUUGAAGAGCUGUCUACAGCUUCUGGAAAGCUAAAGGACAGUUGAUCCUCUAGGAAUUUCACUGGUAAAUUACUGCGGUUCUCCUGUUUGAAUAAAGUGCUUCCUGACUCUGCC